AUGGCAAAUAUUAGAUCAAAAUUUAAAGAUGGAAAUCUUAAUGGGUAUCAAAAAAAGAAAUAUGUAUGCAAACUUUUGUAUAUGUAUAUUCUUGGAUGGGAUAUUGAUUUUGGGCAUAUGGAGGCAGUGAAUUUAAUAUCCAGUAAUAAAUAUAGUGAAAAACAAAUAGGGUACUUGGGCGUGACACUUUUAAUGCAUGAAAAUAGUGAUUUGACAUACCUUAUUAUCAAUUCAAUUCGUAAAGAUCUUGCUGAGGUCAAUGAAAUAUACAAUUGUCUUGCUUUACAUGCUAUCGCUAACAUUGGUGGUAGGGAGAUGGCUGAAACUUUAACACCAGAUGUUCAUAGACUUUUAUUAUCCCAUGAUUCCAAAAGUUUUGCAAAAAAGAAAGCUGCAUUAACACUUUUACGUCUAUAUAGGAAACAUCCAGAUGUAAUUCCUGCUGUGGAUUGGGCUGAAAGGAUAAUUAUAUUAAUGAAUCAAGAAGAUUUGGGUGUUAGUUUAUGUGUUACUAGUUUAGUGAUGGCAUUAGCACAAGACAAUUUGGAUGCUUAUCAAAGUUGUUAUGCAAAAGCUGUAGAUCGUCUAUCAAGGAUUAUUGUCAAGAAAGAAUACACACUAGAUUAUGUUUAUUAUAAAGUUCCAGUUCCAUGGUUACAAGUUAAACUUCUUAGGCUGUUGCAAUAUUAUCCAGCUUCGGACGACCUUGAAGUUCGAAUCAAAUUACAUAAUGUUUUACAAACAAUUCUUAAUAAUUCACAAGAUACACCAAAGAAUGUUCAGCAUAGUAAUGCACAAAAUUCUGUCUUGUUUGAAGCCAUCAAUCUAGCAAUCCAUUUGGACACCGAGUCCCAAAUUGUCAAUCAAGCUGUAAUACUUUUAGGCCGAUUUAUAACAUCUAAAGAAACAAAUCUUAGAUAUCUUGGUCUAGAAACAAUGGCACAUUUGGCUGCAUGUGUUGAUUCAUUGGAACCAAUUAAACGACAUCAGGACACUAUCCUAUCAUCACUACGAGAUAAGGAUAUAAGCGUUAGACGAAGAGGUUUAGAUUUAUUGUAUAGUAUGUGUGAUGUAACGAACGCUAAAAUCAUUGUUGCCGAGCUAUUGAAAUUCCUUAAUGCUGCUGAUUAUGCUCUAAGAGAAGAAAUGGUUCUUAAAAUAGCCAUAUUAACUGAAAGAUUUGCAACAGAAUAUCAAUGGUAUGUAAAUGUCAUUUUGCAACUUAUUAGUACUGCGGGAGACCAUGUUGGCAAUGAGGUUUGGUAUCGUGUAAUACAAAUAGUUACAAACAACGAAGAACUUCAAGAAUAUGCGGCUAAAACAAUCUUAGUUUAUUUGAAAUCUCCAAAUUGUCACGAAAUAUUAGUCAAAGUUGGUGGAUAUAUCCUCGGUGAAUUUGGUCAUCUAAUUGCUAGUAUUCCUGGUGCAAGUCCAAUAGAACAAUUUCAUGCUAUCCAUACCAAAUUUUCACUGUGCACCCUCAAAACAAGAGCUUUACUGAUGACAACUUAUUUAAAGUUCACUAAUCUUUUUCCAGAGAUUAAGGGUGAAAUAUUAACAGUAUUUCAUCAAUACUGUCAUGUUCUAGAUUCUGAACUACAACAACGCGCGUCAGAAUAUUUAACAAUUGCUACAAUGCCAACUAACGAUCUUCUACAAACCAUAUGCGAGGAAAUGCCACCAUUCCCUGAAAGAGAGUCAGCAUUAUUAUCAAGGUUACAUCAACAACAUGCACAUACAGAAGACAAAAGGACUUGGAGUAUUCUCAUUAAGGAUACAGCUAAAGAUAAACUAUCGCUUAAGAGCAGUUUUGGUAGUAGCAGUAAUAGCAGUAAUAAUAAUAACAACACAAAUGAUAGAAAGAAAAGUAAAGAAUUUACUAAUGGGAAUUUUGAUAAACCAGAGGAACUUUUACUAAUAACAGGUCUUGAAGGAUUAGAUUUUUCUGAAUCGUCAAAAUCAACUUUAUCUCAAUCACCAACAAAUACUGAACUCAUAACGAAUGAUGUUGGAAAAUGGUUUAGUAAAUUAUUAUAUAGUUCAGAAGGCGUUCUCCAUGAAAAUUCUUUACUACAAAUUAAUUGGAAAUCCGAGUAUCAAACACAUCUUGGUAAACUUGGGAUAUAUUUUAGAAAUAAAACAAAUUCAAAUAUAACUUCGUUCAUCAUAUCAAUUGAUCAUAUUGAGGAUCUCGUAAUAAAUUCCCCUCAUCCGCCAAGAACAACCAUAGAGCCAAAUACUCAAAUUCAACAUCAUCUCUACGUAGAAUGUCAAAAUAUUUUUCUUGGUAUACCAAACAUUAGGGUGUCUUUUUUCCAGUCAGACGUAUUAAAUAAUUUAGUUUUAAAAUUGCCUAUUGUAUUAACAAAAUUCAUGGAACCUAUUCAACUCAAUAAAAGACAGGUUGUUUUUAAAUCAAAUGUACCAAUAAAUUGUCAAAAAAUCCGGGAUCUAAUUUCAGGAUUUAGAUUUGGUGUAUUAGAAAACAUAGAUCCUAAUCCCAAUAACAUAGUAGGCGCUAGUUUAUUGAACACUUCAAAAGGUGGUUUGAUUGGAUGCUUGCUUAGAUUGGAACCUAAUCUUGAUGCGCAGAUGUUUCGUUUAACCAUUCGUACAACAAAUAAAAUAGUUACUAACGAACUUUAUACGUUGUUGGAACCAAAAAUUGCCAGCGAAGGUUUGUAA